CACAUGCUUCUACUCGUUUCGACCUGGCGGUGAACCCAGAGUGGAUAGAAGGACAAAACCAGGCAAAAACAUUCAUAUCAAAUGUGGAGUGUGGGCUCUGGUUGAAGGCCUGCUUAUAUGUAAAAACACCACGAGGGACACAACGAGACAAGAAAGUAAAGGAAGGAAGGAAAAACAAGGACAUUUUAAAAUGGAAUGCCUAAAAUACAACCAUCUGGACUGUAGGCAGACUGCAGUGAUGAUGGUGUUGAUUCUGAUCAUGUUAACGAUUAUGAUGAUCGAGACAGCAGCAACGUCUGCGCCUGGCCCUGAGAUGGACAUUAAACCUGCAGUUGAGACUGGCUUGGCCAAACGAACCGUGCACCCCUGCUACUGGCUGGAGAGGGUCACAGAGAUUCCCAGCAACAUCUCGAGCAACACUGAAUGCCUGGUAGUUACGCAGACGCAGAUCAGAGUGAUUCCCCAGGGCGCCCUCGCCAACCUGCAGCAUCUCAAGGAACUCACCAUAUCAGGAAACGACAUGCUGAAGAGUAUCAGCGCGUUUGCCUUCGCCAGCCUUCCUCGGCUCACUAACAUCUUCAUCUCUGGGAAUGUUGCGUUGGAGAGUAUAGGAGCUUUUGCUUUCUCUGAUCUCCCUGAACUCAGUGCGAUAUCCAUAACAAAGUCAAAACACCUGAGAUUCAUCCAUCAAGACGCUUUCAAGAACAUCAUGAAACUGCAGUAUCUGACCAUCUCCAACACUGGACUGAGAUCGUUUCCAAACUUCACCAAGAUCCAUUCCACGGCCCACCGCUUUCUGUUUGACCUGCAAGAGAACAGCCACAUAACAAGAGUCCCCGCCAAUGCCUUCAGAGGCCUCUGCACUCAAACUAUCGCUGAGAUACGGCUCCACAGAAAUGGCAUCAAGGAGGUGGCAAGUGACGCCUUCAACGGCACAAAGAUGUACAGAUUGUUCCUAGCAGGAAACCAACAGCUUACGCGCAUCAAUCCCAACGCCUUUGUGGGUUCCAGUGAGUUGGUGGUACUGGACAUUUCACACACAGCCCUCAGCUCCCUGCCGGACCACAUCCUCGGUGGACUCAGGAAGCUGAUUGCGGAGUCCGCCCGCCAUCUCAAAGAACUCCCUCCUCUGCAGCUCUUCACCAAACUCCGCCAGGCCAACCUGACGUACCCAUCACACUGCUGUCCCUUACAAAACAUGAACAGGAAUGGAUCGAAGUGGCACCCCCUGUGCUCCCAGCCCUGGUUUCAGAAUGACCUUUACCUCAAAAGGGACUACUGCUCCAACUCCACCUCCAUCAUCUGCACACCAACACAAGAUGAGUUUAACCCCUGUGAGGACAUCAUGCCUGCUAUCCCUCUGAGGGUCCUCAUCUGGGUCAUCUCCAUACUCGCACUACUCGGGAACACAGCUGUACUUCUGGUCUUGUUAGGCAGCCGCUCCAAACUGACCGUUCCUCGUUUCCUCAUGUGCCACUUGGCCUUCUCUGACCUCUGCAUGGGCAUCUACUUGGUAGUUAUAGCAACUGUGGACAUGCUCACUCGUGGCCGGUACUACAACUACGCCAUAGACUGGCAGACGGGCCUGGGCUGCAGUGCUGCGGGCUUCUUCACGGUGUUUGCCAGUGAGCUGUCAGUGUUCACAUUAACAGCAAUCACACUUGAGCGCUGGCACACCAUCACACAUGCUCUGCGGCUCGACCGUAAAAUUCGCCUGAGACACGCAUGUAUGGUCAUGACAGCAGGUUGGAUCUUCUCAUCACUCGCCGCUUUACUGCCCACUGUCGGGGUCAGCAGCUACGGCAAGGUGAGUAUCUGCCUGCCCAUGGACGUGGAGUCUCCGGGGGCUCAGGUCUAUGUGGUGUCUCUCCUCCUCCUCAACAUCCUGGCCUUCUUUUGUGUGUGCGGCUGUUACCUCAGCAUCUAUCUAACCGUCCGCAACCCCUCGUCGGCGCCGGCCCACGCCGACACCCGCGUGGCCCAACGCAUGGCCAUCCUCAUCUUUACUGACUUUGUUUGCAUGGCUCCCAUCUCCUUCUUUGCCGUCUCAGCGGCCCUCAAGCUCCCUCUCAUCACCGUCUCGGAUGCUAAACUCCUGCUGGUCCUCUUCUACCCCAUAAACUCGUGCGCCAACCCCUUCCUGUACGCCUUCUUCACCCGCACCUUCAGGCGGGAUUUCUUUCUCCUCACAGCUCGCUUCGGCCUGUUUAAAACCCGGGCGCAGAUUUACCGGACAGAGAGUUCCUCCUGUCAGCAGCCGACAUGGACCUCUCCAAAGAACAGCCAUGUGACGCUGUAUUCCUUGUCCAAUACAUUAAGUCUAGACGGGAAACCAGAGUGCUGACUGUCAUUCAAAAAAAUCCACAGAUACAUACUUCUCCCUGGAUUGUCAUCAGGAGAGUCAUCAAGUCCUAUUUCUCUGAAGCGAAGAAAGAAAAUUCCUCUUAGGUCUGAGAUAUUGACAGAAUAUAAUGCACGGACACUUCUUAAAGUUAAUUUUUUUUUAUCUUUGCUUAAGAUUUCAUGUGUGCAAGUUGUGAAGACACAGAGCAGACUGCCCCAUCUGAACAAGAAACUGAUAUUUCAGAGCCACAGUCAGAGCCAUAGAUUCCAAUUUGCACAAACCUCAUUCAGAUUAAAUAUCAAUAUGUCGGAAAAAAUAGACUAAUAUAAUUCAACACCUCUUCCUCUGCACCCUCUCUGCUAUUAGGGGAUGUACAGUGGCAAGAAAAUGUAUGUGAACCCUUUGAAAUUACCUAUUUUUCUGCAUAGAUUUGUCAUAAUAUGUGAUCUGAUCUGCAUCUAACUCCCCUGAAUAGACAGACACAAUGUGCUAAACAUAAUACCACCAAACAAUUAUAAUAUUUCAUAUCUUUAUUGAACACACCAAUGAAACAUUCAUAGUGCUGGUAUAAUGUUUGUCUGGUAUUAGGUGACGUAGAUGCAGAUCAGAUCACCUUUUAUGACAAAUUAAGGCAGAAAACUAGGUCAUUUCAAUGGGUUCACAUACUUUUUCUUGCCAGUGUAGAGCGGGGAUGGCAGGUCCACUCGAUGCAUUUUGAUCAUUUUGAUAACAUGGGGGAUCGCACCCCGCCUCAGUUCUCCACACUCAAAUUGCCCACUAGGUACAGGUGAGCAUGCAUAGUGUCCUUGGGCUUUCAGUCACAUCAACAGUCUCGUCCAAAUAUGGUCAGUUCUGGCUCCACAAACCAAGAUGGUGGAAGUCAAAAUGUCACAUUCAAGGCUUCAAAACUGUGUUAUGCCACGGUGGCUACGACCACUUAUUUUAUGAUUUUCGACCUCUGACCUGCAACAACACAGGGCACAGGUUGCAGAUACUACAGAUACUUUGACAAAAUCUAGGUCAAAUAACUGUCCCAGAUAAUUCCUUGCGUUUGUUUUUAACUUACUCCACUAGAUAGGUGGAGUUUACUGCAUCACAACCAUUUAGAUCACAAGUAAAGGUAAAAAGAGUAGAGGACUGGUUUUACUUUCAUGCACCGUCUUGUGUAACAAAUGCCAUCCGUCUGGUGUCCCAAGAUAAUUAAAUAAACUGAAGUAAUUUGAAACAGUUUAACAAAGGUUUGACACUUGGGAUAUCAGCAUAGGCACGUCAAAAUAAUCAACAUUCAUUUAGCAUUCAACGUUAUGAUUGAAUGAUAUUCAUUAAGAAGCACACCGCGGGGACCUGCUGAUUAAUAAUCUUCUCAUACACUCUGUCUGCUGAAGCCACAUCCCUCCUACCUUUCAGUCUGUCUUUAAAUGAAGGACAUGUAAUUAUCUUUGUAAUGUAAUUACCUUUAUUGUUUGUAAAUGAAACUCAUUAAGUGCCACUUUUUUAUACAUAUAUAUGUGUGUGUGUGUGUGUGUGUGUGUUUUGUACAAAAUAUAUCUUCAGGAUUGUUAUUUCCACAUCAUUUAUAAAUGUGUUUAUUAUA